AUGAUCGAGGAGAGUGUACAUGAUGGCGAAGAGGACUUCAUCUUCAGCGAAUACGCCAUUGAUGACACACUUGACCCAUUAAGCCGCCUACUCAACUACCAUUCCUCGGGGUUCUCGCUCCAACGUGAGUUUUUGUUGCGUGAACUCGGCGACACUGUCAAGUUUGCUGGAUUCGAACAAAGCGCAGCGUUAAUUGUGCCACUGCUGAGUGGUUUCACUUCUGACUGCGAGCCUUUGGUGCGGAGGAUGCUGGUGCAGCAGCUUCCUGCUGUGGCGACGUACUUUGUGGAGGAGGGUGGUGAUCAAGGUUACGAAUAUCUGCUGAACAAAUUUCUCCCCAUCGGUUUUGAGCUUCUGGUCGACAAGAAUGUGGAGAUCGGUGCGUCGGCUUUGGAAGCUCUGAAGGCCCUCGCCAAACUUGUCAAACCGGAACAUGUACAGGUGCAUUUGCUUAGUGUUGUUGUCAUGCUGGCCCACGAUGAGCGCGCGGAGGAUUACCGAGUUGUGGCGGCCCAGUUGUUUAAUGAGCUGGCAGAUAUUUUUGGCAAGAACUGCUGCGUAAAUGAUGUUCUUCCAGAGUUGGAAUUGCUGGCGAAUGAUAGCAACUUCUCCGUUCGCAAAGCUGUGGGUGCAAGCAUGGGAAAGGUAGCCCAAGUGGUACAGGAAGAAACAGCAGAGAGUGUGGUACUUCCUAUUUACCUGAACUUGUGCAAGGAUGAAAUAUGGGGAGUGCGCAAGGCUUGCGCCGAAAGCAUUGAAGAGAUUGCACUCGGGGUCAGCCCUGAAGCACGCGUGACAAAACUGGUGCCAGCCUACCGGCUUCUUCUUGAGGACGCCUCGCGUUGGGUGCGCAAUGGCGCUUAUGAUUUCUUAGGAAGAUUUCUGCACACCCUCCACCCCGCGGACCUGAGCCCGGCGUUGCUGAAGCUCUACACGGAUAUGGCGUUCCAAUCUGAGAGCGGUGACACGGAUUACAGUGAGCCGUGUGCAUUUUCAUUUCCCGCGGUGCUUCAAAUAGCCGGAAGGGAGCGAUGGAACGAGGUGGGGGACGCCUAUGCCACAUUGCUAAAGGAUGUGAAGUGGAAAGUGCGUAAGUCACUCGCACACUCUCUCCAUGAAGUUGCCGUAAUUCUAGGCCAGGAGAUUACCGAGACCCACCUCGUGUCUGCCUUUGAGCUUCUUCUGCGAGACUUGGACGACGUGCGUUUGGGGGUUGUGCUGCACGCUGAUGUCUUUCUUGGCAUCGUAGGACCGGCGAUGCGAGAACGACUCGUUCCCUUGCUGUGUCAUGUCCCUUUAGAAAGCGAAAACUGGCGUUUGCGCAAUGUCGUUGCGCAACGCAUCGGUGAAGUCGGUGUGCUCUUGGAUCCUUCCAGCAGCGUGGCCCUGAAGACCGUCAUUACCCUAGUGGUGCGUCUCCUGGACGAUAGCGUGAUGGAGGUGCGCUGUUCAACCUAUCGGUCAUCGGCAAUUCUGCUGAAGCACUUGGCCGACGCGGGCCUGGAGAAUUCGUGCGGUGGGUACGCACAAACGUUAGAGCAAAUUGCCGAUCGCCACAAUUUCCGUGGCAGACUUAUGUUUGCAUACGUUGCAGAGGAGGUGGCGAAGAUCGGAGCGACGUCCCUUGUGGAAAAGUACUUCUUGGCUGGACUGCUCAAGCUAGCGAAGGACUGUGUUAGCAACGUGCGGCUCGCCGUGUCCUCUGUAAUAUCACGGACAUUUCUGAAUGACGCCGGAUGGUCUGUAAACGCGCGGGUGCGGCAGAUACAAAGUAUCCUCAAUGCAAUGGAGGCUGACGGAUAG